GUCUUUGAGAAUGCCGUUUCCGCAGUGGGGUCUGAGUUUUGUGCUGUGCGCAGCGUGAGUGUUUUAGUACCGAGCGGAGAGGAGAUGCACACGGCACUUGAGUGAGAGGUUUCUAAGCGAGGAGAUAAUGAGAGUUCACACACAUACCAGAUUCUGCUUUCUCUGUGUGCUGACCCUGCUGUACCAUCAGUGCAGCCACUGCCAUGAAGGAGGGUCUCACCAUCACCACGGGCACAACCACGGUGACCAUGUCCACAGCGACCUGCAGAUUUCAGAAUUGUCCUGCGAUACCUUAUCGGACCGGUUAGUACACGGCAGCAAUGGAGAACCUGCAGAGAAUGAGCAACGUUACUACAUUCACCAGUUGUUCUGUCGGUACGGCCAGAAGGAUCGUCUGGAUUUUAAAGGCUUCCAGAGUUUGUUGUUGAGUUUAGGGCUGGGCGAGGUGCGGGUGGUUGGGCUCGAGCACGAGGAUCUUGGGCACGAUCAUGUGGCACACUUGGAUAUUCUCGAAGUUCAGGAAGGACGGCACUCGCAUUCAGCCGGUCAUCUGCACCCUCACCAAAAGCCCCACAUCUCCCACAAGAACCACCAUGAGAAUGAAGAACACGGUUCUGACGACGAGCUACCGUGCAGCAAAACAUCCGAGAGCACCACUCGCAGUGGAUCUGAGAAACAUAACCAUGAGAAAGACAGUGAUCAUGAACACAUCGACAGACUUGUCACGGACAGUCCUCAAGAUCAUGAUGAUGACCACACACAUUCACACAUGCACAGUCAACAACAACUGGAACAUGAUCAUGACCAAAAGAGUAGUGAACAUUCACAAGAAAACAAUGAUCUCAGUGACCAAAACCACCAUCAUCAUCAUGACCACCAUCACCACAAGCACACCCACCCUCAUCUUCAUGGUCCAGACAGUGUGGAGCACACCUCAGCAACGCCACAGCUCACACCCCGAAUCCAGCCUUCUGCACCCACUAAACUCCCCACCACACAACCAAGAAGAAAUAGGAGACCACCUAAAGUCAGAGCCCAUCAAGGCCGCAACAAAACCAGCAUCACUGUUACUCAGGCCGUGGAGCUGGAGACCAUCGGAGAUGACCAGGAUCACAGCCCUAUUCAGCCGCAGAGGAGCAGGAGGGAGGUGCCAGGAGAAGAUCUGUCUGUCAAAUCACAUGCACACGGUGCUUUUCACCAACAUGAGGAGUGUCUGAAUUUAACCGAGCUGCUACACCAGUAUGGACUGAGCUCAGAUUCUCUCAUAUCUCCAGUGCAGUUCACCUAUUUAUGUCCAGCACUGCUCUACCAGAUAGACAGACGCUUCUGCAUCCUUCAUUAUCACCACGUUGAGUCCGAGGCACAAGAUGCAACAUCUGCAGUGUGGGUCUGGAUGUGGGGCUUUGUGUCUAUCACCAUCAUCAGUCUGCUGUCUCUGCUGGGUGUUAUUCUGGUGCCCAUUCUCAACCAGUCCUGCUUCAAGUUUCUCUUGACCUUCCUGGUGGCACUGGCGGUGGGAACCCUCAGUGGUGAUGCCUUACUGCAUCUACUCCCUCAUUCUCAAGGAGAUCAUAAUCACAGUUUUGAAGGACAUACAGACGAAGAACCUGUAGAGGAUUAUUUGACAAAGUUUGAUGGAGUUUGGAAAGGACUGACUGCAUUAGCAGGAAUCUACCUCCUCUUCAUUAUUGAACAUUGCAUUGGCAUGUUCAAACACUACAGCGACCAAAGGGGAGGCCUCUGCCAGAAAAAGAAAAAUGGAGAGCAGGUAGAGAUCGGGAGGAAAUUGUCAGACCACAAACUCAACAGGCGUUCAGAUGCUGAGUGGCUUCAUCUGAAGCCUCUAACAGAAGGAGACAGUACAACUUGCGAAGCGGGACACAAUGACACUCAGAUGACGGAGUUGCAGUGUCUGGAUUCACCCAGCAAGAUGCCACUUGCCAUCUCUGUUUCAGAACACCCCUAUAAGGAAGCUGUAAAAACAGAAGAGGACAGUGGGCCAAAGGCCAAGUCUAAAAAGCAUGGACAUGUACAUGGACAUGGUCACUCACACCAUGGGCACUGUCACUCUGACCAGGAAAUGAAAGAUGCAGGGAUUGCCAGCAUAGCAUGGAUGGUCAUUAUGGGAGAUGGCAUGCAUAACUUUAGUGAUGGACUCGCUAUAGGUGCUGCUUUCAGUGCUAAUAUUACGGGUGGUAUUAGUACUUCAGUAGCUGUGUUCUGUCACGAACUGCCCCAUGAACUAGGUGACUUUGCUGUUUUAUUGAAGGCUGGGAUGUCAGUGAAGCAAGCCAUUGUGUACAAUGUCCUCUCUGCCCUUAUGGCAUACGCUGGCAUGGUGAUCGGCACGGCUGUGGGACAGUACACGCACAAUGUCACCAGCUGGAUAUUUGCUGUCACUGCUGGCAUGUUUCUCUAUGUGGCAUUAGUGGAUAUGUUACCAGAGAUGCUUCAUGGUGACAGCGAAGAGCACAAACGCUGUGAGAUGGGUCACUUCGUCCUGCAGAACUUGGGCAUGCUCACGGGAUUCGGCCUCAUGCUGCUGAUCGCCAUCUUCGAGGAUCACAUUGUGAUUGAUUUUGGCUUCUAGCUGGAGGCAUCAUUCAGCUACAUUCACACUCGUGCUUUGCCCUUAAGUGGCUUUGUUUUGUGAUGGUACAGUCUUGCAAGCAUGUCUCAGAAGACAGCAUCAGUAGCUUACAGUGGACAUGGACAUGCACACAAACAUGUUUACGUUUCAUCUUCUCUCAUCUCCUCCUCUCUAGGCCACUCAAAAAGGUUACUUGUGAUUUUCAGGCUCUUUUGUAGAUGUAGCUUCUGGACCAUUCUCUUCUGUCGUUAUUGAAUUUUUUGAAGUAUCUUUGUCCAGUCAGACAUAUGCACAGCACACAAGAAACACUCCCCAUUAUUUGGGUUAUCCCUUUAAUACUUUAGUGUUUUUUAGAACUGUGUCCUAGAGAGAAGCAGCUAUUCAUCGGUGACCCAUUUAGUGUCACGUUGAGCUCCUUCAAUCAUAUGUAUUGUAGCUCAUAGUCCAUUCCAUUCAUUUGUAACUGGCGUGUUGUGCUGUGUAUGUCUAGUGUAUCACAUCGCCGUGUCAGGCGCUAAAAUGGUGCAACAGAGCCCUAUUGUCAUCAACUCUGCAUAUUCUUUUAAUUUAUUGAAAAGUACUGGUCAGUAUUGUGUGCCACGAUCAUGUGAGCUCAUUUCUUUACUGAUUUACACUUUGCUGUCAGGAUUGCCUACUUGUUUGUUUCUUACACUAUAUUUGCUGUUCAUGGUGAUGGGAGUGUCCUCAGUCUUAGAAUUUCAAUUGUUUGAUUUUUUUUUUUUUUUUUUUUUUUUAUAUAUAUUUUUUGUCAUUAUUGGCUAAGAUUGUACUAAUGUUUUGGCCAAUUCUGAGUAUUUGAAGAAAAAGGUACACAACAGUGUUAUGCAUAGCCUGUGAUGCAGUUCAGCCGCAACACUGAUCGCAUUCAGAAGGUCAGAUGAAUAAAGCUAAUGCUAAAUCACUGUGAUUUUAAAUGAACAAUUAGCUGAGCAUAUCUGUACAUCAAGGAAUACAUUAUUUUUUCUUUGGGGAGUCUAUUUGUUCAUUUGAUAAAUUGUAUCAUGAUCUCGACAACUUUCUGGAAAUAAAUCCAAAUUGAUUUUCAUAUCCAAGUGUUGUAAAUAAUGAUCUUGUUGCAGUUGAAGUUCAUGAAAUAAUUAUGUUCCCCAAAGGAGAUUUGCUACUGAAAACUAAUUUUUGUUAACCAUGCUUUUUGUUACCUUUUUUUAGCUAUAGGACUUUUUUUUGGCAUUUCUGGAUAGUUCUAAACCAUCUAAACUUAUUUUACAUACAAAGUUUGGGUGAAAGAUUCCUUUAACCUAAAAAUUAAGAAGUAUUUGUUUGAUUUUUGACAAUCUGAAACACUUGUUGUUGACCCUCUUAUUAUUGAAAGUAAUGCACACAUUUCAAUUAUUGGCCUUAUGUGAACCUGUAUAAAAGCCUGACUACAAUCAAAUUUAUAGAGCAUCGGUUAGUCUGCCCCCCGUUGAUGUGAUUCUUGUUUAA